AUGUCUGGCCUCUCGCUAGCCCAGCAACUCAAGCAGCUCCAGGCAGGAAACACUUCCGUCCCCGACCCCGAGUCUGCCUACUCCAACCUCGACACCAACAAGGCUGAGCGCGAAGGAGAUGAAGGCCGAGAACACUACCUCGACGUUGGUCCUUCGCGAAUGAGAAUGGAGCUCGGUGGGGAGGGGGGUGGGACGUUGACCGGACCCAAAUACGAGGGUGUGAAGGCUGGGCGGCAAAAGAUCUUUGACGAUGAUGACGAGGAAAGUGAGCCCGAAGGAGAGGAGAAGAGUGAGGAGGACGAGGAAGUAGAUGACCUAGAUGAGGACGCGGAGGAAGAGGGAAGCGAGGAAGAGUCUGAAGAGGACGAGGACGAGGAGGAAGAAGAGGACGAGGAAGAAGAGGAAGAAGAGCCGCGGCCCAAAGCCAAAUCUUCCAAGCUUGACCCCAUGGCCGCUCUCAAGGAAUCGCGAUCGAAGGACGCUCUCUUUGAAUCACUCAUUACACUUCGAAUCACUUUCCAAAAGGCUCUUACCGCUUCCCAAUCCGUACCCGUUCCUCUUCCUACCGACCCGGAGGAUGAACUCUCGAACAAGAAAGCAACUAUACUGCGUAGCCUUGGCGAUCUCAAUGAGAGAUUGUUCAUGCUGAGGACGAACAUGAAGCUGGUGGUAGGCGAGGAUGAAGAGGAAGAAGGAGCCAAGCUCGGUAAGCGAAAGAGGAGUGCCGGUGAUGAGCAGGACGAGCAAUAUUGGCUGGACUCUGCUAGACAGUCGCUUGCUCUUGUUGACGACUCCCACCUGGACCUCAUACCUGUCCUUAACAAAUGGUCCGGCAAGAUCCAGGCCGCGUCUCUUCAGCUUGGCUCCAAGCAAGCCGGAGGAAGCAAGUUCUUACAACAGAUGAAGACUGGCGCGGGUGGCGUAAUCGAUGCUAUCGAGACGGGAAUCGACAAUAAGCGAGACUCUGAGAAGUCUCUUGUAGAGAACGAGGAGACUGGCUACAGGGCUCUGUUGCGCGAAGUCAUCGAGUCAAGAACAGGUUCAGGCCCCGCCGCUGACCUCACACACUUGAGGCGAGAGAAGAAGAAGAAGAGGGAAGCCGAACGAGGUGGUAGUAAGGGCCGAAAGCUCAGAUAUACUGUUCACGACAAGGUGCAAAAUUUCGUCGUCCCCAUUCCCCUAUCUCAAGGCUGGCACGAGGAACAGGUCGACGAACUUUUCUCCAGUUUGUUCGGUGGUGUGGGUAUGAGGGGCGCCGUUGCGGAGACUGCUGUUGGUCCAGAUGUUGGCGCUGCCGAUGAAGGGCUUGCAGAGCUCGGGGGUCUGAGGGUAUUCUGA